AUGUCUUCUUCUCUUUUUCAAACCCUUCAAAACUCUCAAAAAUCCUUCUCAGCCAAUCUUUUUCAAUCUCUUUCACAACCACCUCCACCAACUGCAUCCAAUGCACAACAACAAGUGGUUGUGGCCACUCCUUCCAAUGUGGUUUUUUCUCCCUUCUCCAUCUUUACCGUUCUUUCCAUGAUGUUGGUCGGUGCUCAGGGUCACACUCUCACUGAACUGGCACAUGCUUUAACUUUGGAUUAUUAUUCCCAAUUGGAUGGAAGUGUUUCUUCAACAAGUUCUUCAUCCUCGUUCAAUUUCAGACCUCGUGGAGAUUUUGCAACCUCCAUGAAUCAACUCAUCCAACAAUCGAUCAAUUCCAGUGAACUCUCCGUAGCGAAUGGAAUCUUUACAGAACAAUCGUUUAAACUUGCUUCACUCUACACGGACACCAUCAUUCAAGAUUUUCACUCGCAGUUGAGAUCAUGUGAUUUUGCUCGAAAUGCAGAACCUGAACGACAAUCCAUCAAUCAAUGGGUUUCAGACAAGACGAAAAAUUUGAUAAAUGAUCUCGUUCCAGUGGGCGCCAUAACUGCUGACACAAAAUUGGUGUUGGUCAAUGCCAUUUACUUUUUAGGUAAAUGGAGAAUUCCAUUUGACAAGGAAGAUUCAUUUACAGGAACGUUUCGACAAUUUAAAAAGACAUCAUCAGAAUCUUCAGAUUCCUCCACGAGUGCCUCUCUCACUUUGGAAUCGGUCAAUGUCAAGUACAUGUCUCGUCGACAAGCUCGAGAAUUAUUUGGACAAAAUGAAAAUUACAAAUGGUUGAGAAGACAAUACAGUACUCUCGAUUUUGACAUGCUGUUCAUUGUUCCGAAAAUCAAUGUGGCUCUUUCACAACAGAGUGAAAAGGAAUUUGAAGAAUGGGUUUCGAAACAAAUAUCCAAGAAUGCAAUUCCUGUCACUAAUCAAGAUGGUUCUCUCACUGUAAAAACUCUUUCACAAGCCUUUGAGACCAAUUCACUCAUGGUUCGACUCGUUCAAAUUCCAAAAUUCAAAAUUGAAUAUGAAAAUGAAUUGUCCAAUGCGUUGAAACAAGCUCCGUUUAACAUGACCACAUCCUUCGAAAAAUUGAAAGCCAAUUUUACCAACAUGCUGUCAGAAGUCUCCAUUUUACGUGACGAUCGUUUAUGGAUUGAUAAAAUCUUUCAUAAGGCAUAUUUGAAAGUCGACGAAGCUGGAACAGAGGCUGCUGCUGCAACUGCUGGAAUUAUUGUCGGUCGAACCACAAGUAUUGAUGUGGAACCUGAAAUUGAUUUUGUUUUGGAUCGACCUUUUGUUUUUGUUUUGAGUCAUGUUCCUACUCAGAGUAUACUAUUUAUGGGAAAAGUGAAUCAUUUGGAUGCUUCAAAUUCGAAUUAA